GGCCCGCCGGGACGGGGCGGGGUCGGUGGUGUUUCCGUUGCUUGGAGCCGACAGAAAGUAGCUGCUUGGAGCGUUCUCCGCCUGCAUCCCUGCCAGUUCCGCGCGCCGCCGCCCCGCGCCCCGCAGCUCUCCCGGAGGUUGGGGUCUGGUCUUGCAUCAGUCACCUUUUCCUGACCUAGGCAGUCGAUAUGGCACAGGUUCUCAGAGGCACUGUGACUGACUUCCCUGGAUUUGAUGAGCGGGCUGAUGCAGAAACUCUUCGGAAGGCCAUGAAAGGCCUGGGCACUGACGAGGAGAGCAUCCUGACUCUGUUGACCUCCCGCAGUAAUGCUCAGCGCCAGGAGAUCGCUGUGGCUUUUAAAACUCUCUUUGGCAGGGACCUUCUGGAUGACCUGAAAUCAGAGCUGACUGGAAAAUUUGAAAAAUUAAUCGUGGCUUUGAUGAAACCUUCUCGGCUGUACGAUGCCUAUGAACUGAAGCAUGCUCUUAAGGGAGCUGGGACAGAUGAGAAAAUCCUGACAGAAAUUAUUGCUUCAAGGACACCUGAAGAAUUAAGAGCCAUAAAACAAGUUUAUGAAGAAGAAUAUGGCUCAAGCCUGGAAGAUGAUGUGGUGGGAGAUACAUCAGGGUACUACCAGAGGAUGCUGGUGGUCCUCCUUCAGGCUAAUAGAGAUCCUGAUGGUAGAAUUGAUGAAGCACAGGUUGAACAAGAUGCUCAGGCAUUGUUUCAGGCUGGAGAACUUAAAUGGGGAACAGAUGAAGAAAAGUUUAUUACUAUCUUUGGAACACGAAGUGUGUCACAUUUGAGAAGGGUGUUUGACAAAUACAUGACUAUAUCAGGAUUUCAAAUUGAAGAAACCAUUGACCGGGAGACUUCUGGUAAUUUAGAGCAACUGCUCCUUGCUGUUGUGAAAUCUAUUCGGAGUAUCCCUGCCUACCUUGCAGAAACUCUCUACUAUGCAAUGAAGGGAGCUGGGACAGAUGAUCAUACCCUCAUCAGAGUCAUGGUUUCCAGGAGUGAGAUUGAUCUGUUUAACAUUAGGAAGGAGUUUAGGAAGAAUUUUGCCACCUCUCUUUAUUCCAUGAUUAAGGGUGACACAUCUGGGGACUAUAAGAAGGCCCUCCUGCUGCUCUGUGGAGGCGAAGAUGACUGAUGGGGUCCUGGGGAGAGACCCCACGCUGUGCCCACUGCCGCCACUGCCUUCCUUCAGCACAUCUCACUGCACUGCUUGUAGCCAGGGCUUGGCACAUGGCCUUAAUCACACUAGCAUGCAUGCUAGGACCAAAACAUGUACGUUGUAGGAGAAAGUAGUGGUGCUUCUCUCUGAUCUCCAUUAAGAUCUUUCUCUUUGUUGUAGUACUGAAGUGUACUUAUGUUACUAAGACUAAAAUCUGGAUCAUUUAUAUUUUCCUUUAAGAGGUCAGACUGCUUUUAGCCUAUUUUAAAAGCUUCAUUUAUAUUAAAUUGAUAACCAUAUUACCUUAAUCAGAACCUGAGCCUCAGAAUUGUGAACUCCUGGAAGUGUUACUGAUCAAGUUUGCUACCAAAUUAAACCUGGAAAAUUAUGGUAGUUGCAUUCAAAAGAUUAGUGGGUAAUAAACAUUUCCUUUCUCCUAAA